CACGCUCGCUCCCCGCACCGGAUCCCUGCCACCACCUCGCCGCGGCGCGCCGGCACCCCCCACCUCCCCGCCGACGCGCCGCGAGCCCCGAGCGCCCCGAACGAGCCGCCGGGGCCGAUCUGCACCCCCUGUCCGAUGCGCCGCCCCAAUGCCCGCGGCGAUCACAAGGAACAAACCCUAGCUCCCGUCCCCUCCCCCGCCGCCCGGAUCAGGAUGGGCGCCCCGCGGCGGCAGCCCGGCUCCCGCCGCCGCAUCGCCUGCGCCCUCGCGCUCCUCGCCGCGUCCGCGCUCGCCCUGCUGCUCCUCCUCGCGUCCCGCUCGGCGCCCCCGAGGUACGGCGUCAUCAUCGACGCCGGCAGCACGGGGAGCCGCGUCCACGUCAUCGCCUACCGCGCCGGCCCGGGCCGGGGCGCGACCCCGCAGCUGGACUGGGCGCGCACGGCCUCGCUGAAGGCGAACCCGGGGCUGUCGUCCUUCGCGGCGGAUCCCCGCGGCGCGGGGCUGUCGCUGGCCCCGCUGGUGGAAUUUGCGCGGCGCCGCGUGCCACGGGAGAGGUGGGCGGACACCGAGGUGCGGCUCAUGGCCACGGCAGGGCUCCGGCUUCUCGACGCCGCGGUGUCAGAGUCUGUUCUGGAGUCAUGCAGGGAUGUGCUUCGCCAAUCGGGGUUCCUGUUCCAGGACAAAUGGGCCACCGUGAUCUCAGGGGCUGAGGAAGGUAUAUAUGCAUGGGUUGCAGCAAAUUAUGCAUUGGGGACUCUAGGCGGUGAUCCACACGACACCACUGGGAUAAUUGAGCUUGGUGGGGCAUCUGUUCAGGUCACUUUUGUAACGGGUGAACCUUUGCCCCCGGAGUUCUCUCAUGUGCUUAAGUUUGGCGAUGUCUCAUAUAAUCUGUACAGCCACAGCUUUUUGCAAUUUGGCCUAAAUGUAGCAUACGAGUCACUCCAUGACUUGCUCAGCUCACCUGGCCUUAAAUCAAUGGCCGCACAUGUAAUUACUCAAACGAAGUACAAAGAUCCUUGCACUCCAAGGGGAUUUACAAGUAUGGUGGGAACAGCUAAACUUCCUGUUAGUGUUCUUGAGCCAAAGGUCGAAUACAGACCUUUUGCUCAUGCUGUGGGGAACUUCUCUGAGUGUAGAUCUGCAGCGCUAACACUAUUGCAGAAAGGAAAAGAGGAAUGUGCAUAUCAUGAAUGCCGCCUUGGAGCGGCAUUUGUGCCAGAGCUGGAAGGGAAUUUUUUAGCAACAGAAAAUUUUUACCAUACUUCAAAGUUCUUUGGUCUGCAUUCAAAGUCCUUCCUUUCUGAUCUGAUGGUGGCUGGGGAGAAAUUUUGCCAUGGGGAUUGGUCGAAGAUUAAGAAGAAGUACAGCUCUUUCAAUGAGGGAGAGCUGCUUCUGUUUUGUUUCUCAUCAGCAUAUAUAAUCGCUUUACUACAUGAUACUCUUAAGAUGCCGCUGGAGCAUAAGAGGAUUAAUGUUGUAAAUCAAAUCCACGGUGUGCCUGUUGACUGGGCAUUGGGUGCUUUCAUUGUGCAAACGACGAUGAACCGGACAGAGUACUCAGACUCAUCAGUUUCAUAUCUAAACAGCUAUGACUCUUCUGGCUUGGCACCAAUUUUCUUGAUUACAAUUGUGGUUGUAUUUACAGCAUUCUCCAUCCUGAGGUGGAGAAGGCCUCAGCUGAAGACGAUCUACGACAUGGAGAAAGGCCGGUACAUCAUAACCAGGGUCAGCCGAUGAGCUUCGCGCGUCGGCGCUGGGAGUGGGUAAACUUACUACAGCGGAGCACCAGUGACCGUGAAUGUAGAUUUUCGUAAAUUAAUUUUUUUACCCGGUGGCCAGCAACCCGUCUUGGCGCCGCCUUGCAGAAUUAACCGGAGUUCAAGCUACAGCCCUCAUGUAUAGGACAAUAUGGGUUGCGGCGGCAUUCGUGUCUCUGCGCAGUGUACCUUGUUGUUACCCAACUGUUGUUGUAAUUAACAAUUUUUUGCAUGGGCGGUAGUCAUGAUACAUAGCGCCCCAGCAAAACGGUUUUCUAUCUUGUGAUGUAAUUUAAUCCUGAGAUACCUAUGAUCAGUAGAAGUUCUCUGCCGCGGAUGGCAGACCAGUUGUAUCUCCA